GACCACUCUCUGUCUCUCCCUCCGCAGUCCGGCAGUUCGCCCUCGUCAUUCGUCUCUCACCGCCUCACUCCCUCGACUCACCGGCGACCGUACGGGACUCAGCGACUGCAACUCCACUCCCUCAAGGUGUUUCUGCAGUUUAUAAGGAGGGUGUGAAGAUGGAUGAGGACCAGGAGAUGGAAAGAUUUGGGAUGGAGAAUGAUUUUGAUGACGGUCAGUGGAUUGGUGGUGAGUUUUACUACCGUAACCGCAAGGAGAAGCGGACGCAGACCAAAGACGAUGUUCUCUAUGGCAUUUUUGCUUCUGGGGACAGUGACUCGGACUAUGAGGGAAAGGGGUUAGGUUCCUCCAGAAAGCGGAAGAAAGACCUUUCUAAGAAGCCAGACCUUACCAAGCCUGUUCACUUUGUCUCCACCGGGAGUGUAAUGCCCAACCAGGAAAUUGAUAGUGAUCUUAAGGAGGAUUUGAAAGAGAUGGAAGAGGAUGAUGAUGAUAGGCCGCCUGUUCUGGGGGCUGGAGCAUCAUCUUCUGGCCUUGGAUUUGGUUCAAAGACCACUCAUGGGGAUGGAGAGGGAGAUGUUGACAAUUUUCUUCCCUCUGCUUUUGGAAAGAAGAUCAAGGAAGGCGCACUGUUGAGACGGGAGAAGGAAAAGGAGAAGUCAGUGUUAGCCAAAAAAUCUUCUCAGGCUGAGAGGAAAGAACCAGUCGCGGGUGACGUUGGAUCCUUUGAGAAGCACACUAAGGGGAUUGGGAUGAAGUUGCUUGAAAAGAUGGGUUAUAAGGGAGGUGGCCUUGGGAAGAAUAAACAAGGUAUCACAGCUCCUAUUGAAGCAAAGUUGCGACCCAAGAACAUGGGAAUGGGUUUCAAUGACUACAAAGAGACUAAGGUGCCAGCACUUCAAGAAUCAGAAGCAAAGUCUACCCCUCUUCCUGCUCAGCCAUUGGAAAGCCACAAAAGAGAGAAGCCCUGGCUGAAGCAAGCUUCAAAAAAGAAGCUUUACAUAACAGCAGACGAAUUGCUGGCCAGGAAGCAAGAGCAGAGUCUUGAUGUUGUUCAAAAGGUGUUUGAUAUGAGGGGUCCACAAGUUCGGGUAUUGACAAACCUGGAGAACUUAAAUGCUGAAGAAAAAGCAAGGGAAAAUGAUAUUCCUAUGCCUGAAUUUCAGCACAAUGUCAAUUUGAUUGUUGAUUUAGCAGAGCUUGACAUACAAAAAAUUGAUCGGGAUUUGAGAAAUGAAAGGGAGACAGCGGUUGCUUUGCAGAAAGAGAAGGAGAAACUCCAAGCUGAGGCAGUUCACCAGAAAAAACAGCUUGAAAAUAUGGAAAACAUUAUGAAUGAAUUGGACCGGAUAGGUGGAGAGAGUAAAGAGGGUACAUUGACUCUUGACUCACUUGCAAACUCAUUUCUAGAUUUGCAACAACGUUAUGCUGAUGAUUAUAAACUUUGUAAUUUGUCAUCCAUAGCAUGUUCGUAUGCUCUGCCUCUGUUUAUUAGAGUAUUUCAGGGAUGGGACCCGCUUCAAAAUCCAACACAUGGGUUAGAGAUUGUUUCUUUGUGGAAGAAUCUAUUGGAAGACAACUCUUUUGGUUUCUCUGAUAUGGCAUCUCCUUAUUGUCAGCUGUUUAUGGAAGUAGUUUUUCCUGCUAUAAGAAUAUCUGGGACCAACACUUGGCAGGCUAGGGAUCCAGAACCCAUGCUUCGAUUUUUGGAUUCCUGGGAGAAGCUGUUGCCUCCUGCAGUCCUUCACACCAUUCUGGAUAACAUUAUUUUGCCAAAAUUAUCAGCUGCUGUGGAUUCGUGGGAUCCCCGUCGAGAGACGAUUCCAAUCCAUUCUUGGAUUCAUCCUUGGCUGCCCUUGUUGGGACAGAAGCUGGAAACAUGCUAUCACACUAUACGUUGCAGAUUGGAAAGUGUACUUCAUGCUUGGCACCCAAGUGAUAUGUCUGCAUACUACAUAUUGUCACCUUGGAAGACUGUGUUUGAUCCAAGCAGUUGGGAAAAGCUGAUGGUAAGAUUUAUUGUCCCAAAGUUGCUGGCUGUCAUGCAUGAAUUCCAAUUAAACCCAUCAAAUCAAAACCUUGAUCAGUUUUACUGGGUCCAGACAUGGGCUACUGCUAUUCCCAUUCAUCACAUGCUUCCACUUAUGGACAUCUUCUUCAACAAGUGGCAAGAAGUUUUAUACCAUUGGUUGUGUUCAAAUCCAAACUUUGAAGAAGUUACUAAAUGGUAUUUAGGUUGGAAGGAACUUUUCCCACCCGAACUUCUUGCAAAUGAUCAUAUCCGCUAUAGGCUUAAUGUUGGUCUGGAUAUGAUGAACCAGGCUGCUGAAGGCAUGGAGGUAGUCCAGCCAGGUUUGAGAGAGAAUAUAAGUUAUCUCAGAGCACUUGAACAGAGGCAGUUUGAGACCCAGAAGAAGGCGGCAGCCCAAGCUCAAGCAAACUUGAGUGGUGGGCUACAAGGAGAUGGUAAAGACGGUGGAUCAGAGCUCAGCUUGAAAGAAGUAAUAGAAGUUCAUGCGCAGCAGAAUGGUUUGCUAUUCAAGCCAAAGCCAGGCAGGAUACAUGAUGGUCAUCAAAUAUAUGGCUUUGGUAGCAUAAGCAUAAUAAUAGACUCUCUGAAUCAGAAGGUAUUGGCACAAACCGAGGAUAAAUGGUCUUUCGUGUCUCUUGAGCAGCUUUUGGAGUUACACAAUCGAUAUAGUUUGAAGAGGCGAUGAUAAAGCAAGAAAUCUUCUGUUUGAUCCACAGAUUACACUUUGUAGACUCUUUUUCCAGACAAUAGACAUGCUUUUGUUAGCAGUGUUGAUCCAAGAGUCAUUCCCGUCUGAAACCACAGAAACUCCACUGCUGAAAUGAUAAUCCAAGAAAUGACAGAAUAUUGUUUAAUGGUGAUGGCAAUCUAACCGAAGACUUGUACCUUAAACGGGUAUGCUUUAUUUAUUCAUAUAUUGUCAAUGUUGGACGAUAGCCUAGACUCAUAAAUUUAUAAACAUUAGACACUCCAAAACGGGGCAUUGAACGAUCCAUUUGGUCCAAACAGGAGUUUUCAUGGAAAAAAUUAUCCAAGGUUGAGUUGAAAGAUAUUCAUUGUGUACCAUUGUUCAUCCCUUCUUCAUUGUACUAGUGACUGGAUAAUGUUCCAAAAAAAGGAUUAGUGUAUGAAUUGGAGAUACAAAGUGCUUAUUCUGCUGUAA